AAAAGAAAAAGAGAUCAAGGGGUGACAACCCCCAUCCAACUUUUUUUUUUCUCUCUCUUCUUCUCUUUUUGUCCUCUUUAAUAAAACCCCAAGCAAGCCCCACAUUCCACCCCUUCUCCUCUUUGCUUCUCAUUUCGUCCUUGUGUUAAUUUGUCUCUCCCACUUUCUGACUUUGGAUCUUCUUCUUCCCUAAGGUUGUUUAGAUAGCUAGCUAUAAGAGGAAGAAGGAGGUCCAAAGUAUAUAUAUAUAAAAAUAUAUACACAUGGCACCUGUUUUGCCUCCCGGUUUCAGAUUCCACCCUACAGACGAAGAACUUGUUGCUUAUUACCUUAAAAGAAAGAUCAAUGGCCGAAAGAUUGAGUUAGAGAUCAUACCUGAAGUUGAUCUCUAUAAGUGUGAACCAUGGGACUUGCCAGGGAAAUCAUUGUUACCAGGAAAGGAUUUGGAGUGGUAUUUCUAUAGCCCUCGAGAUAGGAAGUACCCAAAUGGAUCAAGAACAAACCGUGCAACCAAAUCUGGAUAUUGGAAGGCCACGGGGAAGGAUAGAAAAGUAAAUUCCCAGGCUCGGGCUGUGGGCAUGAAGAAAACCCUAGUUUACUAUCGAGGAAGAGCACCCCAUGGCUCUCGUACAAAUUGGGUUAUGCAUGAAUACCGUCUUGAUGAGAGAGAAUGCGAAACCAAUUCAGGCUUGCAGGAUGCAUAUGCUCUUUGCCGUGUGGUCAAGAAGACUGCAGUGAUUCCUCCAAAAGUUGGGGAGCAUCACUAUGUUAAUGUUCCCAAUGCCAACCAAAUUACAAGUGAUCAUUCAUCAAGUAUUGAAAUAUACCCUGAAGGAAGGGGCGAAGAUUUAGAUAGCACAAAUUAUUUUAUGCCGGUGGAUGCUUGCUCACCACACAACAUGGGAAACGAGACUUCUCUCACAAUCAAUAGUGGGAUCAUGACAAGGGAUCAUGAGAAAUGGUCACACUUCUCAUCACAAGACCCUUUAUUUAGUCUUCCAACUUCUUCAUUUUCCAAAUUUGGAGCCAUAGCAUACCCUCCAUCUAAGGUGGAUAUAGCACUAGAGUAUGCAAGGAUGCAGCAUAGGUUUGUUUUGCCUCCUUUGGAGGUGGAUGACUUCCCUCAAGUUGGAAUCUCAGAGCUGAAAAUGACACAAGCCUCCGGUUCCAUGCAAGGAAGCAGAACUGAAACAGAUAUCUUGCAGGAAAUUCUUUCAGUUGCUCAAGUUUCUCAGGAAUUAAUAAAUCAAUCCAACUACUCGCAGGAAUGGGGUGGCAAUAAUGAUAAUUAUGCUCCUCGUGAAGAUGAUUUUACCUUCAUGGUUGGCACUAAUUACAAUCAUUCAAAUCAUGGAAUGAGCUCAAUGAGGUAUGCUGACAAAACAUGGGAAGAUGCAAACACAAGGACAAUAGAGAUCGGAGAUGUGGAUGAAGAAUUUAAGGCAGAGAGGAUGGUGGAGAAUUUAAGAUGGGUUGGAAUGUCAAGUGAAGAUUUACAAAAGAUGGAAGAACAAAAGAUUGUCCCAAUAGAAGAUAUUUCAAGCUUCCAAACUAAUGAGGUGCAAGAAUCUGAGCAACAUAGCAACAAGGAGCACAAUGACGACACUGAAAUCAACGAUUUCUCAUUGGGCUUCAUCAAUGACAAUGAUGACCCUAACGAGAACUUCAUAGAAGAUGGUAACAUAGAUGAUUAUUCAAGUUCUCCUAGCUUUGAGGUCGUUGAGGAAAUAAAGGUCAAUCAUGGAAUGUUAGUUUCGACUCAUCAAGUAGUGGAGACAUUCUUUCACCAAAUAGUUCCUUCACAAACUGUUCAAGUUCACCUCAUCAAUUCAGUGAUGGCACAUAACAAUCAUUAUGUAGAGAAUGCAGAGGCAAUGCUAAUGAUAAUGGAGAACAAAGGGUCUUCAUUAAGGAAUAAGGUUAAGGCCUAUGUGAUGGGGAAGCUUAUAAAACCUUCAAAGACAAUUGCAAGUGCAAUUGUAUUCGUCUUUGCACUUGUGUUGAUGCAUUGUGUUUAUUUGAAGGAAGAAGUGGAAAUUUGGAAUGAGUCAAAUAAUGAGGUUAAUUGGUUUGUUGGUGUCAAAAGUCAUGAGAAAGAAUUAAGUGCAGUCUUGAAGAAAAUAGGCAUUUUUCUCACCAUAUCUUUGGCUUUUUGUACCAUGUGGGCUAGCCAGAAUAUGGUAGUUAACCCUUGAUCUCUUAAUUCAUUUAAUUUUUGUCUCUAACUUGUGAGGAAUUAGCUUGGGAACGCUCAAAUUGUGCUUCUCUCCCAGUUAAGUAGGAGGCUGAUGUAUCCAUAUACUUGUUAUAUUUUACUUUAGUAUCACUUUGUUCUUUGUUCAAGACUUAAUUGUAUUGAAUCUAAAUUACAAAUAGAA